AUGCGUGGUUUUGUAUUACUGUUUGUGAUGUGUGCGGCUGUUUUAAUAGCUUGUACAAAUGCUGACGAUGAAACGCAUCAGAGAAGCCUACAACGUCAACGAAGACAACUUUUAGGAGGUCUUGGGAGUCUGUUUGGAGGUGGAUUAGGUGGUGGUGGAUUCCCUGGUGGCAUUGGAGGAGGCUUUCCUGGAGGUUUUGGUGGAGGAUAUCCCGGUGGAUAUAGUGGUGGUUAUCAAAAUGGAUAUGGAGGUGGUUAUCAAAAUGGCUAUGGAGGUGGUUAUCCUGGUGGCUAUGGAGGCAACUAUGGUGGUGGCUAUGGUGGUGGUUAUGGUGGAGGCUAUGAUGGAGGAUAUGAUCAUCACCACCAUCAUCACGAUUACUAA